CCAUCCAAUAUGGCAGCCUCCAUGUGCUCGACAUGUCUCAGAAAUUCCUACACUAAAUUGCUGAAUAGAGUCGCAUUUAAAACUACACGGAAUGUCAGUUUAUCAAGUGCAUGUCGGAUUCAUACCCAUACACCUUCAGUAGUUCAUGGACCUGGCAGUGCCAGCACUUUGCUAAAAUUUAGAGGAAGCUUCAGACAACCUGUGCAGUUUUACUCUUCUCAGUCUACCACAGACCAGAAUGAAGACCAAAAAGAAGAUAUUGCAGAAGAGGGAGCUGAAGAGCAAGAAGAAUACCAUACAAUUAUGAAGGGUACGGAGAGAGGGAAAGGACCUAGUUCAAGUCAUGAGUUUCAAGCUGAGACGAGGAAACUGCUAGAUAUCGUAGCAAGAUCUCUCUACUCUGAAAAAGAGGUGUUUAUCAGAGAACUUGUGUCCAAUGGCAGUGAUGCUUUAGAAAAGUUGCGCUACAUGCAGAUGACUGAUGCUGAGAUUUCUGAUCCAGACUUGCCAUUGGAAAUUGAUAUUGAAGUUGAUGCUAGCAAGAAGACAUUUACAAUACAGGACACUGGUAUAGGUAUGACUAAGGAGGAGAUGAUAGAGCACCUUGGGACAAUUGCCAAGUCGGGAUCCAAGGCAUUCCUGAGUGAGCUAUCCAAGGCGUCAGAGGCCAGUGCAAAGAGCAGUAUCAUUGGUCAGUUUGGAGUGGGUUUCUACUCUAGCUUCAUGGUCUCAGACAAGGUGGAAGUCUUCUCCAAGUCAUACAAACCUGGUUCUGUGGGGCACAAGUGGACAUCUGAUGGACAAGGAAAAUUUGAGAUUUCUGAAGCAGAAAAUGUCCAGAGAGGCACAAAGAUAGUCCUUCACCUCAAAAUGGAUAGCCAUGAGUUCUGCCAAGAGGAUGUAAUCAAAGAUGUGACUAAAAAGUACAGUAAUUUUGUGGGUGCCCCAAUUUAUGUGGGAGGCAAGAAAGCCAAUACCAUACAGCCCCUGUGGAUGCUAGAUCCAAAAGAUGUCACGGAGGACAUGCAUGAAGAAUUCUACAGGUUUAUCAGCAAGUCCUAUGACCGACCCAAGUACACAUUACAGUAUAAGGCUGAUGCUCCCCUGAAUAUAAGAGCAUUGUUCUAUGUCCCAGAUGCUCCAAUGGCUUGGGAGAUGAGUCGCGAGCUGGAUGCUGGCGUCAUGCUGUACAGUCGCAAGGUGAUGAUCAUGAACCAGGCGAAGGGUGUGAUGCCAAAGUGGCUGCGAUUUUUACGAGGUGUGGUGGACAGUGAGGACAUCCCUCUCAACCUGAGCAGAGAACUUCUUCAAGACAGUGCACUCAUCAGGAAACUAAGAACUGUGCUUACUAAUAGACUGGUGCGUUAUUUUCUGGAACAAGCCAAAAAAGAUCCUGAAAAGUACAAGGAAUUCUACAAGGACUAUGGCAUGUAUUUUAUAGAGGGUAUUCUUAACACCCAGGAUCAACAGGAGAGGGAAGACAUAGCCCGACUGCUGCGGUUUGAAUCAUCCACUAAGCACCCUGGAGAGACCACGAGUCUGUCAGAGUAUGCGGAAAGAAUGGAAGCUGGUGCGAGGACCAUUUACUACUUCCAUGCUCCGAGCCGUGAGCUUGCAGAAACAUCUCCAUACUUUGAAGCGGUCAAGGAGAAGGGCCAUGAAGUUCUCUUCUGUUUCAAUCCUUAUGAUGAGCUGGUGCUUCUGACUCUGCAACAGUUUGACAAGAAGAAUCUCCGAUCGAUUGAGACGGAAAUGGCAGCAGAUCAAACAGGGACAGACAAAAUCGAUAGUUCAGAUGCAGACAGUUUGAAGCAGGAAGAGGCGGAUGCUCUGAUAAGCUGGAUAACAGCAAGAAUGGGACAAAAGAUUGUGAAAGCCAAGAUCACAAAUCGCCUGGUUUCCCAUCCAGCAGUGAUUUCUGUCAUGGAGAUGGGAGCUGCGCGCCAUCUUUUGAAAACCAGCUUACUUGGGCGCUCAGAUGAAGACAAAUACCGUUUGCUGCAAGCAACUCUAGAAAUUAACCCAAAACAUCCUAUUAUCAGAAAACUUUCCACACUGAAAGACUCAAACCCAGACUUGGCUAAUCUUCUAGCAGAUCAGAUAUUUGACAAUGCCCUGGUGGCUGCCGGUCUGGUAGAUGAUCCCAGGUCUAUGCUUGGAAGAUUGAAUCAACUCCUGGAGAAAGCAUUGGAAAAACAUUAACAAAGGCAGAUGUCACAAACUGUUUUUAAACUAUACAUAAGUAAAGCAUCUACUGAACAGAUUUUUUUUUGUGAGACAGCAAUUUACUCGUUCAUUUUAUUUCAGACAAAAGAAAAAAAUCCAAUCAGUGGUCUGUUUUAUACAUGGGUAGUUCAAAAUUAUGAAUAGUUAUUUGUGGAUUGACUGGCACCCAUGCUCAUGUAAAUCAAAUUAUUUUCCAGUACAGUUGUGUCAAUGGCUCAUGUAUGUGAAGCAAGAGGAAACUCAUACUGGCAUAGGCAGGAAUUGUGUAAGGGGGAUCGUUUUAAGUACUGGUUGCAUGUCAUGUGAUUGGAUAUCAACAUGUGUUAACAUUAUGAUAUAAAUUACUUUUAUUUAUUCAUUUUUUUUUUUUGGGGGGGGGGGAUAUUUAAAAUUCAAACAUUAAGCUGCUAUAUAUUAUCCUAUGUUGACAAUAUAUCUAGUUCAGUUUGUGCUUCAUUAGUUAUCAAACUCGAGCGAUUUCAACACAUAAGGUUUGUCCCUGUGAACCUGUGUAGGUUUUUGAGUAUCUUUUUCAAAGAAGUUAAUUAUACUCAUAAAAACAGUAUGAAAAGAUGAACUGGUUAUUUUACAUUUCGUAUGGUAAAUGUAUCUUGGUAAAUGUUUCUUUCACAGAUGAAGCAAACCCCACAACUGAUAACAGCACCGGUUGACACACACUAUUUGAUAUAGUACUGAACAAAUAUGUAGGUUUCAUUAAUGUUUCUCACUUCUGAUGACUUUUAUUCUUUUGUAAAUGUUACAUCUAAAAAAAAUGGAGUAAAAUGUACUAAAAGCACAAAUAAAGCCUCCAAGACAUUAUACUGCUUACAUAACAUUGCACUUUUGACAUUUAGUACAAUUUAAAAGAAUAAAAAUUUUGAACAUGAA